ACCACUCUUUUUGUAAAUAAAAAGUUUCUAUAACUUUUACAUUGUAAACAUAAUUGUUCUUAUUAAUUAGUUGUAUUAUUUGACGCGAAACAGCCCUGAAGGACUACGCGACUAUAAAACUGGUUUCUUUUUCAAUUUUCUCUUUUCUGCCCAUCUCUGCUUGAGGAUAUCGCUAAAUUUUCUCUUCCUCUCCUCCGUCCACUUCCUCCUGGACAGAAGUUCCUUAACUGUCCACCACAUGCACCACACUUUUCAGGAAUUUCUUGUAUUCUGUCCUAUCCUCACAUAAUUCCCGUGUUAUCCCAAGCCUCUGAAUUUCCUGUUUUAUUUGUACAGUAUAUCCAUGGUUAAACUUGUAUCCCAUAACCCUACUGAAAAUCUUCUUGUUUAAUCUCUCCUCGGUCAUCCUUUGCAUGUGUCCAUAAAACCUAAGUCUUCUUACCCUCAUUUCCGUUUCCGAAUCAGAGGUUUCACUGUAAAUCUCCUAAUUGGAUUUCACUCUAUAUCCUUCUGGUGUUAUUUUGGGCCCAUGGAUUCUUCUAAGAAUCCUUCUUUCUAUUUUCAGCAGCUUCUCCAAACUGGGAAAGAACAUUGUCUCCGUUCCGUACAUUAUCACUGGCUUUACCACUGUAUUGUAGUGCCUGAUUUUGGGGAGAGGCAUUUUUUAUUAUAAAUACUACUUGUUAAGUAGCAUAAUUUCUCCAAAUUUUUAAUCCUAUAUUCCAUGCUUUCUUUCUCCGAUAAUAAUUAGUUGUAUAUAAAUAGAUUGAAAUAUAACUUUUUUAUAAAACACAGAUUCCUCUGACGGUCAACAGACCAUGGAGCACGUCUGAUUUUCGGUUUUAAAUCCAAAAAUAUUAUUUUGCAAUUGAUAUAAUGUAAUUUUGAUAAAUAAAAAGACUUAAUUCUUCUUCUCUUCAGUCAGCAUGACGCUGUUAUUAAUUCACUCUGCAACAGAUAUCGCUGCUAUAAACGAAAUGCUAACAUUUAAUUUCUUCACAAUUAUUUGAAAUAUACUUUCUAGUUUCAUUUAUAGUUGUUGGAAUAAGUCUUACCCUAAACACUCUUCAUAGAACGUCACUCAUCAGGUCAAUCCACUUUUCUACAAUUGUUGCACUUUGUAAUAGUUGUGAGCUGUUAAAGCUGAUUAGACCGUUCAGGAACUGAUAACAACAUAAACAACAAGAUAUCACACUAUGAACGAAUAAUUGAUUCGUUGUUAAAACCUGAAGGUCAUUAGUGCCAUAAUUUUCAAAUGAUUAAAUCCUGUGUUGCGGUAUAAAAAUGUUAUUUGAAGUUUUUAUAAAUGGUUGAGCUGUAGUGCCGUGAACAAAUAUUACAGGCUUUUAAAGUAUUUAUUAAGAUGUGUUGUUUUAUAUAUGUUAUUUCAUUGUAGUUUUAGCACAUUGUUGUCUAUUUUAAUCAAAUGUUAUAAGUCAAUUGAAAAAAAUAUAUAAUUUUUGUUUUGUUGUUUCAACUAUAAUGGAAGAGUUAAUUGCUGGUUUUGUUUCCUCACACAUUACUUUGGAUGAAGCUGAUGUUUCAUUGAUUCAUCCACGAUAUUCCCAAUACAAACUAAAAAGUAUAGUUUCUAGUCAAGAGAAAAGAAGAAACCAAUGGCUCAAAGAACAUAAAGAGAAAAGGUUUGACCAUUUAAACUUACAAAGAGGACUUUUUGAUGGUGAUAAUGACUUUUCUAUGGAUGUUGAUGGCAAGAAGGAAAGACAUAAGAAAGUGUACUAUAGUGAGUAUAAAGGCUACCUUAUGCUUUCGGAAUGGCUAAUAGCUAUCCCUGAAGAUAUAAAUAAAAAUUGGAUCUGUAAAAUAUGUCCUGAAGGAAAAAGAGCUCUUGUGGUUGCAACGAAAGGCAGAACAUCAGCCUAUGGUAGGAAUGGUGCCAGCAUUUUUUCUUCUUUUCCUUCAUGGUUACCUGGUGGUUCAAAACUAGCAAAUAGAGGCAAGACCAUGUUAGACACUAUAUUUGAUCAAUCUAAUUCAACAUUUUAUAUCUUAGAUAUAUUGCAGUGGUCCAUUGAAACAGUUGGUUUUGAAGCUGAAAUGAGAUUUUACUGGAUGGCUACUAAAGUUACUGAGGAAAUUCCACAGAUAAAAGAUCAAUGUACAACCAAUAAAUAUAAAUUUGUCACAUUGGACCACUUUCCGUAUUCUCAAUUGGCAGAAGUAAAAUCAUAAUUUAUUUACUGUAAUCUUACAUUAUUUCAAAUUUAUAUUAUAAAUAUUUUGAUAGAUAAAGACAUAACUUCAUUCUGGAACAAUUUCCCUUAUUAACAACAAAAUGUAACAGAACAAAAUAAACUGUUUCUAGCUAAGAGAACUAAUAAAUAAAUAAAAUAUCUUAUGUAAACUAACUAAAUACAAAACAAUCUGCUGAAACUACAUAAAAAAUGUUAAAACUAUAGAAUAGAAAAUAAUUUUAUUCUGGAACAAAGUCCAUUUAGAAUAACAAAGAAGUACAAAAUUAAAAUAUUAUAUCUGGCCUAAAUAAAAAAAAAACAUAAAAAGUAAAAAUAAAGAGGAAUAAGUAAAGAAAAUAGCAGUUAAACAUACUAUAUACAAAAUUUAAAAAAAUCUAUAUACAACAGUUAAACCAUGCCAAGACACUUAAAACUAUGUACAAUGAUAAAACAUAAAUAUACACUUUUAGGCAUCUGACUGUUUUGGGGACAGAAAUCGGAGUAGGAGGGUUUUAAAUGUAGGGAGGAAAAAUACCGAAUUUUGAUAGGAAAGGAAUUCCAGAAAUUAAUAAAGCGAGCAAUAAAGGAUUUUUGGAACGAGGCAGAAGGAAUGUAAAGGUCGGAAGGUCGAGAUCUUGUGGAAAGGGAAUGGACUGAGGACUUGAAUUGGAGAAGGUUGUAGGCGUAAGAAGGAUGAUGAUUGCUGAUGAUUUGAUAGAGGAACAUACCUAGAUAAUAUUGUCUUCGAAUGGAGGAGCAGAGCUACUUUAACAUAGUGUAGUGGAGGGAGACAAAGGGAAUAUCUCGGGGCACCCAUUACAAAUCUUAUCGAGCCGUAUUGAUUAAUCUUAUUGGUAUAUACCUAAAUAGGCUGAUGGAUAAAGCUAGAAGGAAAUUUAAUAAAAUCCCUAAGAUUUUUAUUAAGUAUUUUGAUGAUUAUAGACAAAAAUGAAAUAAACAUUUUUUUAAACAUAUUAAAUUCAUUGUCAGAUAAACUAAAAUUCACAAACGAAGUAGAAGAAAACAAUAAAAUUAGAUUCUUGGACAUGAAUAGAAAUAGAAAUGAAACAGGGAUACUAUAAACAUCCUGCUGUAAAAAAGUUAUAACGAGCAACAGGAUACUAAAUUGGCAUAAUAACCAUAAUAAACAACAGAAAAUCAAUACAGCUAAAAAUUUAAUGGAUAGAGUCAAACUAAUUACAGAUGAAAUACAUAUUAAAGAAGUAAAAAUACAAAUAUAUGAAAUUCUUUUCCAAAAUUGGUAUCCUAUAAGACUGAUAAAUAAAUUAUGGCACAAAGAUAAUAAUAAAGAAUUAAAGGGUCCAAACAUCAAUACGAAUAUAAAAACUAAUCAAAACAAGACCAGAAAUAAAAUAAGAAAUCUAAUCAAAAACGAUUUUAAAGUAGAUAAUACUAAAAAACAAAAGCAUAAUAAAGAAAAUCCUGAUCUACAAUUCCAGAAUGAGAAAAAUAAGAAUGUUAAUGCAGACCCCAACCCCAAAAAAUAUUUUUCGGUCACUUAUAUUAGAGGUUUAACUAAUAAAAUAUGGGAAAAAAUCAAUUAAUAAAUUAGAUAAUUUAUACAGUACAACUAAGGAUAUUAUUCCAAAGGAGAAGUUAACUAAUAUUAUUUAUAAAAUAUAAUGCGAGGAUUGUGAAAAUAAAGCAUAUUACGGACAAACCUCACAAUGGUUUGAAUUUAGGAUACAACAGCAUUAACAAAAUUCCAGGUCUAAAACGACAAAAUCAAAAUUAGCCACAGGAUUAUCGCAGCAUACCACAAAAAAUGGACAUAAAUUUGAUUUCGGUACAUCAUCGGUCUUAGAUAGAGAACAGAAUACUAACAAACGAAAAAUAAUUGAAUCAAUAUUUAUUACUAAAAAUCUCAAACAAUCAUUAAAUCAACAAACAGAUGCAGAUGAUUGAAAUAAUUUUUAUGCUAGCGCAAUAGAUACAAUUAAAAUAUAAUAUACUGAUAUAUAACAGAUAAAACAGCUGAUUCUUAAUACCUCCACCCCACUCCAUUUUAAAAUAAAUCCAGUCCUGUAUGAAUGCGUUAGUGAGGAGGAACAUUUUUAAUAUCAUCUACGAAAGAGGUACAUAAAUUGAGAACAAAUAAUAUUAUAUUUUUUUAUAAACAAAAAAAUUUAACAUUCUAUUUUAAUUAAUUAUU